AUGUCUAAAGCCAAUUCAACAGAAUUAGAAAAAAUUAAAGCUAUGAUGAAUCAAUCAACUAAAGAUUUUGAUCCUUCGAAUUAUAAAGGUAAAGUACCUACUGGUCAACCUCCUCCAGGUUAUAAAUGUUAUAAAUGUGGUCAAGCUGGACAUUACAUACAGAACUGUUUAGUUAAAACUGAAACCAAUGCUAUAGAACCAAGGUUUAAACGAAGUACUGGUAUACCAAAUAGUUAUUUAACCUUCACCAAUGAUCCUACAACUCCAGGAGCUUUAUUAACUUACUCUGGGCAAUUCGCUGUUCCUACGAUAGACAAGGCAGCAUAUGAGAUUGGUAAGAAAGAACGUCCACCAUUUCUACUAGGAGAAGAUAAUACCCCACCACCUGAAACUAAAGUCAUACCCCAAGAGUUGUUAUGUUUGAUAUGUAAAGAUUUAUUAAGAGAUGCUGUGUUAAUUCCUUGCUGUGGAAACAGUUUUUGUGAUGAAUGUAUUAGAAAUAAACUGUUAGAAACAGAAGAUCAUGAGUGUCCAUCUUGUCAUGAACAGGACGUAUCUCCGGAUAGAUUGAUAGCUAACAGGCAGAUGAGGAGAGCCAUUGUU